AUGGGGAGAGCUCCUUGUUGUGACAAGGCUAACGUGAAGAAGGGAGCAUGGUCACCUGAGGAGGCCGCAAAGCUGAAGGCUUAUAUUGAGGAGCAUGGAAUUGGAGGCUAUUGGCUCUCACUGCCUCACAAGAUUGGCCUGAAGAGGUGUGGGAAAAGCUGCAGGUUGAGGUGGCUUAACUAUCUGAGGCACAACAUUAAGCAUGGUGGCUUUUCUGAGGAAGAAGACCAAGUCAUAUGUAGCCUCUACAUAAGUAUCGGAAGCAGGUGGUCAAUGAUUGCAGCCCAGCUGCUAGGGAGAACAGAUAAUGACAUCAAGAAUCAUUGGAACACACAGCUGAAGAAGAAGCUACUUGGCAUGCAAACAGAGCCAUCACAAUCUCCAUGA